GCAGCCGGCCGGUGAGCUUCACAGUCCGCACCGCACCGCACCGCCAUCCGCACCGGCCUCCCGGGACGCGCCUGCACUCUCCGGGAUGGAGAAAGGCGCCUCAGACCCGGACCCGUCCCGGCAGCGGAACGGGUUCGUGGGCGUGCUGUACGGAGAGUUUACGGACACGCUCAACGACCGGCUCCGGUACUCGGUGAGCCUGACGGAGAGCGCCCUCUCCAUCCAGCGCAUCUCCUCAUCACCCGGCCGGACGAGGAUGGUCUUCAACUUGACGGACUGUGUGGGCUGCCGGGCUUACCGGGGGCCGGACGCCGUGGACGUCGGGGCUUACUUCACGGCGUAUUUCUACCCGUUCAAGAGGCGCUGGAUGAGCGCCGGGGUGAGCCGGCAGAGAGUGGAGCAGUGCUUUCGGGUCGCGCUGGUCCAGGACCCGCUCGUCAACCUCCGGGAAGCUGAGAGAUGGGCUCAAGCCAUCAGAGAUGCUUCAGGGCUGCAGGCUCCUCGGAGAGACGGUGUGGUGUACACGGAGCUGAGGAGGCCCUGCAGAGCCAUGAUCCUGGUCAACCCCAGCAGCGGGCGCGGGCAGGCUCUCCAGCUCUUCAACAGCCACAUAGAGGGCAUGCUCACGGAGGCGUCCGUCCCCUACAAACUGGUCAUCACAGAGCACCAGAACCACGCACGGGAGUUGGUGAGGAAGGCCGACCUGUCACAGUGGGACGCCCUGGUUAUUAUGUCCGGUGACGGGCUGCUGUUUGAGGUGAUAAAUGGUCUGAUGGACAGAGAAGACUGGCAAGAAGCCAUUCAGACACCUCUGGGUAUCCUACCAGGUGGCUCUGGCAACGCCCUGGCUGCAUCUGUCCACCACUACUCACAGUUGCCUCCAGCAUGGAACGAGGAGCUGCUCCUGAGCUGCGGCUUCAUUCUGUGCAAAGGUCUGGUGGGCUCUCUGGACCUGGUGUCCGUCCGGCUGGCGUCCAGGCAGCGGCUCUUCUCCUUCCUCUCGCUGGCCUGGGGCUUCGUGGCGGACGUGGACAUCGAGAGCGAGAAGUACCGCCACGUGGGCGCCAUCCGCUUCCUGAUGGGCACCCUGGUGCGCCUGGCCUCCCUGCGGGUCUACAAGGGCAGGCUGGCCUAUCUGCCCGUCAAAGGAGCGUCCGAACCUCCGAAAGGAAGCACGCGGGCAAACCCUCCACCCCCCACGCCCCAGCGCCCCUCGCUGUGCUCCUCCCUGCCCUGCCGCCUCGCCCCAAACGCCUCGCCGAAGCCGGACUCCCGCCACAGCGCCAACUCGAACCACGGCGCCAUCACCAACUCCUCCAUUAACGCCGUCAACAGCAAGGCCGCCAGCCCCGCGGACUCCCUGCUGCCCGGCCUGGACCGGCCGGUCCCGGAGGGCUGGACGGUGGUCCGGGAGGAGGACUUUGUCCUGGUGCUGGCCAUUUACCAGUCCCACCUGGCCGAGGACCUGUGGACGGCCCCCGGGGCGGCGGCGGACGACGGGGUGAUCCACCUGUUCUACGUGACGGCGGGGAUCUCGCGGCCCGCCCUCCUGCGCCUCUUCCUGGCCAUGGAGAAGGGCGCCCACCUGGCCUGCGACUGCCCCCACCUGGUGUACCAGAGAGUGAGGGCCCUGCGGCUGGAGCCCAGCUCCCUGCAGGGCAUGAUCACCGUGGACGGGGAGAUGGUGGAGUACGGCCCCGUGGAGGCUCAGGUCCACCCGGGCCUGGCCAGACUCAUAUGCGGGUGAACUCGCACCGCUGUCUUUUUCUAGCGAAGCCUUUUUUAAAUACUCAGAGUCGGGUUUUCUUUGUGUAUGCUGUAUUUUCAGAAGUGCCAAAGACAUUUCAUCAGCCUCUGGAAAUUUCCUUUAUUUUUCUACAGAGACAGAGACAACUCGUCCUAUUUUUCUGGACCCCGUCCCUUUUUCUCCCUCUCAGCGUUCAAUUCAGGGUAAAAGCCAUGGGGAGUUGUUCUCGUUUCUGGCCGGUCCAGGCUUAGAGAGAGAGAGAGAGGGUUCGGGGUAGGAUCGUGUGUGUGUGUCUGUUUGUGUGUGUGUGUGCACAUGGAUAUAGAGAGUGAUCUGUACGUGUCUGUAUGUGUGGGGUUGUGCAUGAGCGGCUUUGGCAAUGCGGUGGCUGAGGAGCGCGGUGUGCACUCCGCUGUCGGACCUCAUAAGCAUGGCACGUGUGAAGAGAAGCACAUUUUCCUGUCCUGGGAGGCUCCAGAAGAGACCACACUCCCCAUUCCCCACCGUACAACCCCAAGCUGACACUCUCCACGCCGGGCCGCUACUCUGACAGCAUUGCCGUCCUCCGUUUUUUUGCUUCUUUUUUUUUUCCGCUGAGGAGAUAUAAAUCCCCAGUGGAUUUACCAUCAACAAAUCUUUAAUCUAUCCCUAAUUCGUAUCAAAAACGUCAAACAAUGUCAGAUCUGAUGAGUUAAGCCAACCACACCCUUCCUCCCUCCUUCAGCGUGGGGAACCUCGCAGUCACACCUCCACCACUGUCCGUUCAUCACCAUUAAAUCGUGCGAUCUGCCUCCACACACACGCAAACACACAGCUUCUUUUCCCCAUCCCCCCCUUCCACUUAUGCUCAGAUCGUCACAUACACACAUUCCCUUGCAUCACUGCAGCACUUAGCGAGGGGGGAGGGGCACCGGCCGCUUCUGUGUGCAUAUGAUCCCCUCUGCUCUUGCCAUCUUAAGAUUGUACACUUCCCUCCCUCCAUUGGCCAACGAGCCGUCAGCACCUAAUGUGUCCUUAACAUGAGGUUUCACGUCUGUAAAAGUGUGCUAGGUGGGAAGUCGUUUUUCCUCUCCGGGCAAACUAAGGCACUUAAGUUGGUUUUUAAAAGCAUUUUAGACCGGUGAAGAACUGACACACUCAAGUGUGUUAAGUGGAGUUUCUUACUGGAUCUUUUCCCACUAAGGGGGUUGUGGUGAUGUGAGGCGGAGGGAGUCUAGUGUUUUGCUCCUCUGCUGACUGUGGCGAUGACCACUGGUGCACUGGACCAGAGGCCGGUGCAAAUGUUAGCAUUAUCAUCCAUGCCCCCCUUUCACAAGCUCCAUCUCACAGGCACGACACCAGUUUACCCCCCUCGCUAGAACCGAGCAGAGCAGUUUGUCCUCAGGUCUGCAGCAGAGGUGUAUCGUCCCACUGUCCCGGUCAGCUGUGAAACAGCAGAAUGUAUUAAGGGGGUCAUAAUGUUUGGACACUGCUCAGAACAAAAGCUCCUCCUGUGCUGAAAAGAACUCAAAUAACUGGAAUGCUAGCAGACUGAUGGGGAUUGAAUAAAUGCUGAUUUAAGUUUUUUUUAAAAAAAUAUGUUUGACGGAUACAUUGCAGAUAACCCUGAGCGUGGUUCAGCCAAUUGCGCUAAUAAUCUCAUGCUGCUUUUCUGGAGCUCCUCGAGGAAUCCCUGUUGAAUGGCUUCCACGGAGCACCAGGCGAAUUAAUUUCUUUUUUUUUUUCUCAUAAUACAUAAAACAAUAAGGAUCGUUAGAGACUGUCAACAAUUGUUAGAAUGAAGUGACUUGGCAGCUCGGUGUGUGUGUGUAUGUGU